UAAUAAUUUACUCUAAUGUAAAUGUGUUCAGAUUCAGAUAUGCUUUUCUUCUGUGGGAAAUUGCUGCAGUGCAGAUUAAGACAGAAAUGCAAAGAAUAUCAACACACUACAACACAAUUAAUAAAACGAUUGAUCAUUAUUUUACAAGAAUAUGGCCAUUUCAGUGGGCAUUUGGAACUGCUACAUUUUAAGCAUCAACUGUAAAUAUUGUGUCUCUGUUAACCGCGCAGGAUGCUUGGUAAUGUAAAAUGAAAAAAAAAAAAAAAAAAAAAAAGAUCACUGAGAUUCAGUCUGAUCGCAGCCAGCUUCCCUCCUCAGUGCGCCUGCGCCUCCUCUCCUCUCCGCCCUCCAUACAUCGGCUCGGCUCAGUUCUCCAUCUGACAGCUGGCAAAGCCACAUGCUCAUAACCAGACUCCGAACUCUCCAUCAGCACAAAUAAGGUUCUGGUCCGAGCAGGUACCGAACGGCUGGGCUGGAGUCCCGGCAGCUGUCGGGUGGGACAUUCUGGAUCGCAUAGGCAUGACGCGCUCCUGAUCCCGGCAGGACGCCUUUCUUCCACCGUCACAUUUUGGAUCCGUUUGGCCUGAUCAUGUCUGUGAGAGAGAAGGGGGUCCUGACCAAAGACAGCGUCAGCUUGUUGCCCUGCUUCUAUUUUGUAGAGCUGCCAAUCCUGGUAUCAUCCAUCGUCAGUCUGUACUUCUUGGAGUGGACAGAUGUGUUCAAGCCAGUUAAGUCUGGAUAUAACUGCCAUGACCGCAGCCUGAGCCUGCCCUACAUUGACCCAAACCACGAGGUCAUCCCCUUUCUGAUGCUGCUUAGCUUGGCCUUUGCUGGACCAGCCAUCACAAUCAUGAUUGGAGAGGGCAUCUUGUUCUGCUGCCUCUCUCAGAGGAAGACUGGCAGUGGUGGUGGUGGGACUGAGGCCAACAUCAAUGCAGCCGGCUGCAAUUUCAACUCUUUCAUUCGGCGAGCCAUCCGAUUUGUUGGUGUUCAUGCUUUUGGCCUUUGUGCGACAGCCCUUAUUACCGACAUCCUGCAACUGAUGACUGGAUAUCCGACACCCUACUUUCUCACUGUGUGCAAACCCAACUACACCACACUUAACAUCAGUUGUGAGAAGAACCCCUAUGUGAUCGAGGAUAUCUGUUCAGGAGCAGACCCUGCAGCCAUAAACCAGGGGAGGUGGCUACUGAUGAGCGGGGAGGUGCUGAACGCAGGUUUUCGGGACGGUUUAAAGGGAAACGGCUGUCAGCACUACGGCGCCAGAGUGUUAACCUUUCUCGGUUGCUUGCUCCAAAUUCCUCCUCGGAGAGCCUCUAAGAAGACACAUGCCUCAGUUGAACUGAUUCCUCUUGGUUCACUCAGCAGUCAAGCCAAGCCAUCAUCUCUCUGGAGAUCCCAGCGAUCUGCCGACUCAGAGCCACCUGACAGCCGCCGCCCCCACGGUCUGAUCCUCCGAGCCCUGUCCUCCCUCGUCCAAUCGAUCACCUCCCCACCAUGCAGCCACCUCUCCCGCCACAAGCCCCAACAGCACCGGCUUACGGCCGCAGCAGCACCCACUCACUCUCCCCGGAGGAUCAUCCUCAUCUCGCACGAGUGAUCCUGCGCUUCCUCCACUCUCUGACACUCCACCGAGGCCAGCGCCCUGUCAUUGGCAUCUGUUUGUAAAUAAAAUUGUGAACCUGCUAGAUCUGUCUCAUCAGUGUGUCCUGCAUGUAGCUCAAAAAACUUAACACCAUGACAGUCUGUGCUUCCUUUCUUUUUCACCUAUAUGCAUAAUAUCAAAGUGGGAUCUUUAAACAUCAACGGUAGGAGGGAUCUAUAUUAAAAAAAAUGUCAGUUUGGAGAUGAUCAUUCAAAAGAAGUUAGAUGUGUUUUUACAGGAGACACAUACAGAUCAUAAAAACCAGAUAGAAUGGGGUAUCAGUUGGAAAGGGAAAUUAUUUUUGUCUCAGGUCAUUUUCUGGUGUAGCAAUUUUAUUUUUACCAGGAUUUCUUGCUAACAUCACAUCACGCCCUGAGUAAGUCCCGGGCAAGGUCCUGUGAUUAGAGCAGAAAUAGAACGAUUUUCUUUUUGUUUUAUUAAUGUUUAUGCACCAAACCAAGGGGAGGGCAGGAUUAAGACAUUUGAGAAAAUACAGUUUUUUUGCAGCACUCUAACCAAAAUGAGUGUGUUGUGAUGGGUGGGGAUUGGAACUGCACUACUAAUUUCACUACACAUAGAACAGGGGAAGAACCUAAUUUUCCAUCAUUUUUUAAAUUGGCUCAGUUGAUAUCAGAGCUGUAUUUGGUUGAUGCUUAGAAGACUAAACACCCUCAAUAUAAACAGUACACAUGGGUAAAAAUGAAAGUUUUAGUAAUUUUUGGCAGUUAUGAAAAGAAAGUCAGAUUUUACAUUAUUAACUGACUGGUUGGUACGGCUCAGAUAAGAGUCUUCUGUCAACAAUACACAAGUCAUUCUACAAUUCAAACUAAAAAUGUGAUUCAGAAUUUCGAAAAUGAAAUAAAACAAUUAGAAAACGAUGGGAUCACAGAUGUUACAAAUGAACAGCUUAAAAGAAAGAUCAGUUAAGUCGUUUUUUGCAUGAAAGGGCUAAAUUAGCUUUAGUUCGGUCGAGGUUUGUCAAUGUUAAAGAUAUGGAUGCCCCUACAUCUUUCUUUUUCAAACUUGAGAGGAAUAUCAGUCAAACAAAACAGUUGAUUGGCCUUCGGCUUCCAGAUGGAACUCUGACUACUGAUCCUAACACCAUGAAGGAGCAGGCUGUGGGCUUCUACAGUGAUCUUUUCAAGCGGCAGGACUGUAACAGAAGCUGUAUGGAGGAUCUGCCGGAUGGUCUUCCUCAGCUUUCUGCUGCAGAUCGGGCGAUUUUGGAUACUGGAGCUUCAUUGGAAGAGCUGACUGUCGCUGUUGGCCAAAUGGCUCCUGGAAAGACUCCAGGUCUGGAUGGAUUACCUGCAGAUUUUUAUAAACCUUUUGGAGGCUUUUGGGCGAGGACUUGUGGGAGGUGCUUCAGGAGUGCUCCUUGACAGGCAUCUUGACAUCAUCCCGCUGACAAGCUGUUCUCUCGUUACUUCCAAAAAAAGGAGACCUGACUGUUGAAAAACUGGAGACCCGUUGCCCUUCUUUGUGUAGAUUAUAAGUUGUUUACUAAAGUACUUUCGAAUAGGCUGAAGAACAUUCUUGAAUCAAAUAUACACAAAGAUCAAUCAUACUGUGUACCUGACAGAUCUAUCGUAGAUAAUCUUUUUCUUUUAGGAAACUUGAUUAAUAUCUGUAAACUAUAUGACAUUGAUAUUGGCAUUACCUCCUUGCAUCAGGAAAAAGCUUUUGACAGGGUUGAUCAUUGUUUUCUGUUUUCUACAUUGAGGGCUUUUGGUUUUGGUGAUCGCUUUAUUGCUUUAUUGGGUUUAUUGUAUGAAGAAGUGGUUUGUGCUGUUAACGUUGGGGGAGGAUUAAGUUGUCCUGUUAAGGUUCGGAGAGGUAUUAGACAAGGGUGUCCUAUUUCUGGACAAUUGUAUUCUAUUGCAAUCGAACCCCUUUUACACAAACUGCGCUCCGGAUUUAUCCUUCCAGGAAUCCCAAAUCAUUCAGGUUUAGUGGUCUCUGCUUAUGCUGAUGACAUAAACAUUUUUGUUAGAAAUCAAAACAAUGUAAAGGAUAUUCAACACUGUUUGGAGCUUUAUGAAAAAGCCUCCUCAUUUAAAGUAAAUUGGGAAAAAAGCUCUGCAUUAAAAAUUGGCCCAUGGACUAAUAAUUUCCCUACUUUACCAGGUAAUAUUCAUUGGGCUAAUGGAACGGGUGAUUUGCAUCAUGGAUGUGCAGCCAACAAAUCUGCAGCAUCUGUGUAAUGCUAUCAUGUCAACAUGGACGAUCUGAGGGAUGUUUUCAGUACCUUGUUGAAUUAAUGCCACAAAGGAUUAAGGCAAUUCUGAAGGCAAAAGGGGGUCCCACCCGGUACUAGCAAGGUGUACCUAAUAAAGUGACCGGCGAGUGUAAGAUGUAAUGUAAAAGCCAAUUGAUGUAUUUAAGCAAGUUCAUUUGACAACCUAAAUAAUAUUAAAUUUUAUUUCACUUUGUUUUAUUUUAUAUACAUUUUUUAUGUUAUUUCUUUGAAAUACACAGUUCAACUAUUUGUGUCGAAAAAUGUAAAACAGGCAAGCCAUGUGUAGAAAUACAUUUUCCAGAGAGGAAAUAAAGCUUGAACUGCUGAUUUCAGCUCUGAAUUUAGGUCAGCUCUAUGAGUGGCAUUGUAGUCAGUUUUUUCAUUUGUAUUAAUUUUUUAUGAUUCCACAGAUGUUUCAAAUGGAAAUGAAAUCAUGGCACAGAUGAAUGCACACAACUGCUUGAAUGCACCGAGAUGCUCUGAUUCACACACAUGCUGCGCCAGGCUGGAUAAAGGACUGAAUUUGAGAAGCUGUUAGAAAUAGGUCACUUGGAUGGAGCUCAGUGAGAAACGGGGCCACAGGUUCAAAUUUCCUCUGCAGUUCCCAGUUCAGCCCCUGCUGGAAUACAUCAUAAGACUGGAUUAGGCACUGACUACAUGUUUAUACAUUUUUUAUUUGCUCCUUGCUGGGUAGCUAAAGUAAAAUGUAAAGGUAGAAGGUCAUAAAACAAGAUAUCUAAUUUGGUUUGACGAGAGAACCCACAUGAAACAAAAUGCUCUUCCUUCUUAUGUCAAAUUAUGCAGGAUUUUAUUUUUUUUUGCCUCUAUGCUGACUCACUUGUGCUCUUUG